ACUUGAUCGAUCUUCUUUCAUCCCGGACUCCCAGGUGGUGCGUUGGCUUCUUUUUCGCUUCUUAUUUCUUAUCUUCUUUCUCCGCUUCUUCUUCGUAUACUUCGUCGGUUAGGGAAUUAGGUGGUCUCCUCUCGGUAUGGACAUGAUAAGAAAAAUUAGCAAUCAUGGGCCGUCUACGAUCCGAUACGCAUUCAACCGCCGCAAUGGAGUCGACCAGGAGACCAAGUCUCUGGGCAGGUAGUUUAAGACGAGAUCAUAUUCGCCUCGAAGAUCUUCCAUCCGAUACAAUACAUGAAGGCCACCAGCAUAAUGCGUCCAGGUCAGGGCCUUCGAGCGCCUCAAGACAGAACUCUUUUGCAUGGCCUUUCCAUGGUCGGAACGCUUCUGAAGUACCUUCCACCUCAAGGUCGAGUCGUUUUACCCUUCGAACUUGGCAACCCAGAUCUUUUUUCCGCCCUCACGACGAUGCCGCAAGUAUUGAUAGGAGCAUUGUUCCCGAUUAUGUGGUCAAUUUCAUGAGAGGAGAGACCCCCGAGACCUUGGCAAGGAAGAGGGAACAAAGCAAAUGGGGCCAACAUGGUGUGGAGGUUACUCCACGUCGAGGCACCUAUGCGUCGUAUCCUGUGGAGUUCGGUAACUAUGCCUCGCCGGAAACGGAAGCCCGUGAUUUGAAUACACGCAGCAGUUGGAGUCGACGAAGCGGCCUGCGGAGGCAUAUUACGGGAUGGCGAGGUGGAGUCAUAUUCAACUCGUUGGUAUCGUGCGUUAUCUUGCUUGUCGGGAUCAUCUGCUUAAUACUGGUCAUCACCAAGACGAAACUUCUUUCCGGAGAAUCAGCAAUAUUCUCGGGUGAUUGUGCGAAAGCAAAUCAUAUCAAUACGGGAGUUCAUCUUGUUAUCAACGUAUUUGGCGUUGCCCUGGUUUCCGGGGCCAACUACGUCUUUCAAGUCCUCUCGAGCCCAACAAGACGAGAAGUAACCGUGGCCCACGAGAACAAGCACUGGCUCGACAUCGGUAUACCAUCGAUACGUAACUUCACGCAUAUUUCGGGAUUUAGAGGGACGGUUGCGAUCCUCGUCUUGUUGGGCGCAGUUGCAACCCAAGUAAUAUAUAAUGCAGUAAUUUUCACGACUCAAAAUGUAGUCAACUACGACGUAUUAUCCGUCACACAAUCGUUCCUCGACCACGCUCCUUUCACUAUCAACCCAGAGACCAAUGAAGGCGAACUUUCACGCUCUGACAUUCUUUUCCUCCAAGAUGCCGCCAGCCAGGCAGGUGACUUAACUAACUUAACUUCGGUUUCCUGUUUACAGGAAUUUUCCGGAGUCUUCCAACCUUCGUUUGAUGCUAUUUUACUCAUUACAGACUCGGUAUCGACUACCUCUUCUCUCAUUUCGACUAGCAAGCCUGGCACAUUACUUACUACCUUCACUUCAAACAACAACAAUGACAUUAUAGCCUCAGAUGGCUCACUCGUUCAAUAUUGUCUUGCGCAUCCCAGUGCGCCACAGACAUGUAGCGUUAACCUCAGCGGCUCUAUUUUGGGCGUUGUAGUAUUACUCAAUCUUACCACUGUUAUUAGCAUGGCAGUUAUUCUAGGGAGGUCUACUUUCGAACCCCUCGUAACCGUUGGCGACGCUAUCCGCUCGUUUCUUCGCAACCCAGACCCGACGACAGCUAAUGCAUGCCUUCUCACUAAAACCGACGUUAAAGAAGGAUCCUGGGCUUCUAGUGAAUCCCAGUACUUCGUUCCAGCCAACCGCUGGUGGUUCCAGACGCCGUCGCCUCCACGCUGGAUGCUGACUGUAAUAUUCUGGACCUUGAUUACGGCCCCGACUGCCGUAGCUCUAGGGUUGAUGGUCAGCACAAAUUUGGACAAUCCCUUGACGUUUUUUGGCGUCGCAACAUCUCGCUUGACUUUCCGCCCACCCAUUCCACUCGACACACCACAAGCGGCGCUCCUAACUGCAUUACCACAGCUCCUCCUGGCAGCUUUAUAUCUCGUCGUCAACUCCCACCUCACGGUAUACUUUCUGUCGCACGAAUUCUCCCAAUUCGCUCUUGGCCCCCAGCCUCUUCGAGUCUCCUCCAACCCGGCCGGCUCGCAAACCACGAGCCUCUUCCUUACGCUUCCGCGACCCGUUUCCUGGGCCCUACUUGCCUGGUUCGCGGCAAUGGGGUUUGCCCUUAGCCAGGCCGUGUUCCCGGGUGUCAUCACCUUCCAAACACCAUCUUCCACACCCGUGACCCCCUCCACGGGCCCCAAAGCCCUUUCUGGCGACGACAUCGUGGCCAUCUCUUUCAGCACGCAAGCGCUACUAACCCUAGCAUCUCUUCUCUUGCUCCUCGCCCUAGCCAUCGUUUUCCUAGGAUUCAGACGCGCACCAGCCGCUUCCUUCGCUAGCGGCGAGGGCAAAGGCAAUCCGCUCGUUCUACGCGGUGGCUCCUGCAGCGCCGUCAUCAGUGCCAAGUGCCAUAACCACGACAUCGUUCCCGAAGACCAAAGCCCUCGGGCGGGGGGCGGGGGUGAUCUUUGGCUCCGCCCCGUCGCCUGGGGCGUCGUUGAAGAAGGCACUGGUAUGCGCCCCGGCCGAUGCGGAUUCUCCGCCGACGGGAUGGGUUGUUUGGAUGCAGGGCGAAACUACGUUUAAGGCUUCGCAUGUAAUAAAUGGAGAUAUACAUAAAUUUUGGGGGUUAAUUGGUUAAUUAACAGCAAACGAUAACCUACUUUUGGAGUGUUUUGAAGCGGGAGGUCGGGAAAGAGGUUCAUAUGGAUAUAUACCCCAUCGCGACUACGACGAUACGGCGUUUUCUUUUGCUAUUUUCUUUUCUACCCAACCACUUGCUUAGGUUUAACGUGUGGGAAGUUUCUUGUUUAUUUUAUUUUUUUGGGGAAGACUUCUCAUACCUGAAAAGAGGUGGAGUUUAUGCAACGACAAGACAAGAGCGAAACGAAACGAUUAGCUUUACUUAUUCUUCUUUCUUGCUUACUUGCUUGAUGCGUUGACGCGGUAUUCAUGGCACGAUGACUUACUUAAGAAAGCGAAAGUCUUUGGUGGAUGGAUGAUCGAAGAAGGGGGUUUGAUUAUUACCUAGCGUUGAUGAACUUUUUAUAAAAGAAAUCCCCCCCGAGGAAGACUCGAGGGCGAGAUCUAUAUACCUAUGUUUGUACGGAGUCCGGCGAGUACCGGAUCAGAUCAAAUCGAUCGGUCUAUCGAAAGAUGAAGCAGAGGAAAGGAACGGAAAGGGGAGAUAAGGGGAAAGGGAAAGGGAAAGCCGAGAUGGAUUCUCGGGUGCCUAACACUUGCUUUGCUACCUAUCUACCUACUUACCUGCCUACAUAAUCCAAUAUGAUCAUCUUAUAUUAUUCUAUCA